AGUGUCAUACCGGUAACUUGAUAGUUGAUACUAUUCGACUACUUCUUUCAAACCCGAUCGCCGGCGAGAGAGGUUGACGGAGAUAAUACCGAAGAUAGGACGAGAAUCGAAGAAGAAAGUACAAGUAUAACGCAAAGAUGACAGAUCAUGCUCAGGAGCAGGAGAUGGAAAUCGAAGCUUUAAAGGCCAUCCUAAUGGACGAGUUUGAAGAAAUUCACCCUAGUGAAAGUGGAUUAAACACUUCAAAUCGAUGUUUUCAAAUUAAGUUAUCUCUUCAGGAUGAUGAGACCGAUGAAUCUUCUAGUCCAGUUCAAUUGGGGUUAAUUUUCUCACAUACAGAGAAAUAUCCGGAUGAAAUACCACUUUUGAAUUUGAAAAGUAUAAAAGGAAUCCAAGCAUCAGAUCUCGCAGUUUUGAAAGAAAAGCUUGAACAAGAGGCAUCUGAGAAUCUUGGAAUGGCUAUGAUUUACACUCUAGUUACCUCUGCUAAUGAGUGGUUUGCUGAAAGAUUUGCUCCAGACACUGGAAAUGACUAUAACACAGAGGAAGCAGCAGAUAAGGACGAAAUAACUGUGCCACAUGGAGAACCUGUUACUGUUGAGACUUUUUUGGCAUGGAGAGAAAGAUUUGAAGCAGAAUUGGCCCUUGAGAGAGCCAAGCUGCUGCCGGAAUCAGCACUCAUAGCACCCAAAGAAAAGAAACUCACCGGCAGACAGUGGUUUCAAAGUGGAAGAGCUUCUGCAAGACGGGCAAUGCCAAUCGUCGAAGGAUAUAAUGAUGAAGAUGAAGACGAUGAUUUUGAUGAUGAUGAUUCCGAAGACGAUGAGGAGUACAUGCUUGACCACUAUCUCGCUGAGAGAUUGGACUCAUCCAAUCAUUCUUCCACAACAACCACUUAGAAAAAGUCGUUACUUUGCGAUCGAGAGCCAAUAGAUCAUGGCGAUCAAAACCCGUAUCGGGCACAAUCACGUCUGGAGUCGGCUUGCACGCUUGCUAGAAUGCUGAUACAAGGUUUUCUUAAUUUAAAUAUCAGACUGUAAUGCAACGGAUGCAUAUGAUCUGUAAUAAGUGGUUCCCUCUAUUUCUAUAUCAGCCUUGACACCAUUGUCAAAUCACCUUGUAAGCUUAACAAGAAUCUUAUAAGUUUAAAUAAUAAAUGAGAG